UGCUGUCCUAACACAAUCAUAGAAUAUCUAAUGAUGUUUUUCUGGUUUGUCCACAGUGAGCAAGCAACAGCCCUGUCCAACCCCAGUCAGAUGGAGCUUUAUGAGCCAAGAGCCAGCCAGACACGGCGCUACCCUCCUUCUGUGUCCUCAUCACCACAGAAAGACAUUCAGUCCAAGAAUGGGUUCAAUUCGAUGCAGACGUCACAAUCUCUGGAAGCUGCAGCAGGCUCUGCAGUGCCCGUGAAACCAGUGUCCGAAUCCGUCGUCCCACCAUCGGUUUCCAACAUAUCCUCAUUGGCUGACCGCUCAUCAGGUCCUCCUUCCCUGCUGACUACAUCCAGUCAAACACCUCUCAGUGCUCUUGGACACGAAGACGCCUCGCCCAGCUCCCUGGCCCCUCCUCAGCACAAUAACUCCCUCCCUUUACAGCAAAACAGUUUGGCACCUUCUUCGGUUCGCACUUCAAACACAAGCCUACUGCACCCAAGUGUGGACGGCGAUUCCUGCUUGCACUCCUCGUCCUUCUCGUCGGUCUCUGUUGUGGCUCCUUCUUCAGUUCCUCCACCCUCUUCAGCUACUUCAGCAGCCCCUGUUUCCUACAGUUGCCCCAUUCCCCCCUCUUCUUCUGUCAGUUCGGUCUCUGCACAGUCUGCACUGGGCCCGGUAAGCAGUAUGACCAUGGGAUUGAACAGUGGUGCUGGUGUGGUUUCAAUGGCCCCCCCUAUGGCUUCUGCUUCAUCUUCAUCUGCUGCCUCGGCCACUGUGGCACCUUCAUCUGUCUCAUCUCGCAGCACGGCUGCCUCAGGGAAAGCACCUCCAAACCUGCCUCCUGGAGUGCCACCCUUGCUGCCCAACCCUUACAUUAUGGCUCCCGGCCUGCUUCACCCAUACCCACCCCAAGUGUAUGGCUACGAUGACCUACAGAUGCUGCAGACCAGGAUACCACUGGACUAUUACAGCAUCCCAUUUGCCACUCCAACCACAGCACUGACUGGCAGGGAAGGCAGUUUGACAAGCAACCCAUAUUCUGCUGGUGACCUGUCCAAGUUUGGCCGUGGCGACGCCUCGUCUCCUGCACCCACCACAACGCUGGCCCAGCCACAGCAGACCCAGACACAAGCGCACCAUACCACCCAGCAGCCCUUCCUCAACCCAACCCUUCCACCAGGAUACAGCUACACCAGCCUGCCCUAUUAUACUGGUGUGCCCGGUCUGCCCAACACCUUCCAGUACGGCCCUGCCAUGUUUCCGGUGGCUCCUACCUCCUCCAAACAGCAUGGUGUGAAUGUCGGUGUCAGUGCGUCAGCAACGCCCUUUCAGCAAGCUAGUGGUUAUGGAUCACAUGGAUACAGCACUGGCUAUGAGGAUUUGGGCCAGGCUUCGGCAGGGAGCGGGGAUUUCUGUAAGGGCGGCUACGGCACCGCCGCUGCCGCUGCUUCUGUGCAAAACAAGCCCGCCAGCUCCGUCACCGGGCCCGGAGUGGGUGUCUCUGUGACAUCAAGCAACACUGGAGUCCCUGACAUUUCAGGGUCUGUUUACACAAAGACGCAGUCUUUUGAGAAGCAGGGUUUCCACACGGGAACCCCCAGUGCUUCCUUCAGUUUGCCCUCAGCACUUGGGAGUGGUGGCCCUAUCAACCCUACGGCUGCGGCGGGUUACGCUCCAGCCCCUUACAUGCACAUCUUGACCCCCCAUCAGCAGCCCCACUCUCAGAUGCUCCACCACCACCUGCAGCAGGACGGACAGAGUGGCUCUGGGCAACGCAGUCAGAAUGCCUCCAUUCAACAGAAGUCACAGAUCAACAAGUCCGGAUACAACAGCUACACCUGGGGAGGCAAUUAAUACCCUGUCUUGCCCCGUCUGGUGUUCCAAAGGCUGGAUUAGUGGAACCAUACCUUUCUCCCCAGAAAUCUCCCCCUUUUCUCUGUCCUCCACGGCGCUCACUCUCCUCUGUCUGCACGGUCACCCUGCAGUACCAGCCCCAUUCCACUGGUGGCGCUGUCCUUAGAGAGAUACAGCACUGCAAGUCGCCGCUUGAAGAAGGGGCAUGGAGGGAGAAGUCUUAACGGGGAGCGUGAUCUCGUCAAUAUAUGGAUAGUUACUUAGGCCUUCAUGAUUGGAGUAUUGAGUAUUUGGAGUUUGUAUUGUGUUCAAAAUACAUAAAAGCCCCAAACCCCCCCUUUUUUUUUUCUUUCUGGAAUAUGUAACAUAGAUCUGUUUUCUAAAAGGACAAAUGUUUAGUUUUUCCCCUCUUCUUUUGCUUUUUACUAUUGGAUAAAAUGAAAAAGAGAGGUAUGUUAGAGGGAGAGAGGGCAGUUUUUUUUUCGUUUGUUUAUUUCCCUCCUUUCUGCUUCUUGCUUGAUCAGCACCUGCAAUCCAAAUGUACAUGCACCUCCUCUGUUUCUCCCCCUGCAGUGAGUUUUUACCAAAUUUUAUUUUGGGAAAAGAUAUCACUCUAAAUCGGCUAGUGCAGUUGUGAAGUUUAUUUUUUACCAAAUAUAAACCGAUAUAUGAAAAAAAAUAAAUGUAUAGCUGCGUUCACAGGCUUCGGAUCUGUACCGUGUGUGUAUGUGCAUGUGUGUGCGUUUGGGUUUAUUUUGUGUGUGUGUGUGUGUGUGUGUGAAUGAAUGAAUUGCAUCGUCAGGGUGGCCAGUGUAUGAAUGUUGUACUUGAAGACUUAUAGGCUUCAAUGUGUAUUCCUUUUAAUUGCUUUAUUGGAGCCUUAUUGUACUCUCCAGGUGUGAGAAGUGCACUGGUCACCUUAAACUUUAGACUUAUUUUCUGCAAACCUUUUUUUUGUUGUUGUUGUUGUUGUCCUCAUUAACCACCCUUCCUGUAGCAGGGAGACUGGAUUACGUUAAGGCAUGACUUUUGAUCUGUUUUGCCAUAAGCGGGAAGUUUUUCAUUUGCGAUGGGAUUGAGGUUACC